UAAGUCAUUACUUGUUACAAAAACCCAAAAAAAAAGAAAGGAGAAGAAAAAGGCUCAAAAUUAGCAUACAGUGUAGCGCUAGGUGUGAUCCACAGCCAUGGCGCCGGAAGUCGAGGCACCGCUGCUCGCCGCCUCCUCCAAGCCGGCCGCUGCCGCACCACCGCGCCGCAACAAGUACUCCUUCUUCUGCGCCGUCCUCGCCUCCAUGACCUCCGUCCUCAUGGGCUACAACGUGGCGGUGACGAGCGGGGCGCAGAUCUUCAUGGCGGAGGACCUGGCCGUGAGCGACGCGCAGAUCGAGGUGCUCUCCGGCGCCAUCAACAUCUACUCGCUCGUCGGCGCGCUGCUGGCCGGGUGGACCUCCGACCGCCUGGGCCGCCGCCUCACCAUCGUGCUCACCAACGGCUUCUUCCUCGCCGGCCCGCUCGUCAUGGCGCUCGCCGGCGGCUACGCGGCGCUCAUGGUCGGCAGGUUCGUCGCCGGCAUCGGCGUCGGCUACGCGCUCGUCAUCGCCCCCGUCUACGCCGCCGAGAUCGCCCCCGCCUCCUCCCGCGGACUCCUCAGCUCCCUCCCCGAGAUUUUUAUCAAUGGAGGAGUGAUGCUGAGCUACGUGUCCAACUUGGCCUUCUCGGGGUUGCCGGUGCACCUGUCGUGGCGGCUGAUGUUCGCCGCCGGCGUGGUGCCCACCGUCUUCCUGGCGGCCGGCGUGCUCACCAUGCCGGAGUCGCCGCGGUGGCUGGCGAUGAAGGGGCGGCGCGACGAGGCGAGGCAGGUGCUCGACCGGACGUCCGACACGCCGGCCGAGGCCGAGCAGCGGCUGCAGGAGAUCGAGGACGUCGUCGCCGGCGGAGGCGUCUCCGGCGGCGGCGGCGUGUGGAAGGAGGUGGCGACCAAGGCCGGGGUGCGCCGCGUGCUGGCCAUCGUCGUGACACUCCAGUUCUUCCAGCAGGCGUCCGGCAUCGACUCCGUGGUGCUGUACGGCCCGCGCGUGCUCGCCGCCGCCGGCGUGACGUCGAACACCCUCCUCCUGGGCCUCAACGUCGUGUUCGGCGUCGCCAAGGCGAGCUCCAUCCUCAUCGCCAUGGCGCUCACCGACCGCGUCGGGCGGCGCCCCCUCCUGCUCGCCAGCACGGGCGGCAUGACCGCCUCCCUCCUCGUGCUGGGCUCCGUGUUCGCGGCGUUCCAGGGCCGCGCCAGGGACGACGCCGCGGUGGCCGGCGUGGCGGUGGCCGUGGUGGUGGCGUUCGUCUGCACCUUCUCCGUCGGCAUCGGCCCGCUGGCGUGGGUGUACAGCUCGGAGAUCCUGCCGCUGCGGCUGCGCGGGCAGGGCGCCGGCGUCGGCACCGCCAUGAACCGCAUCAUGAGCGGCGUCGUCACCAUGACGUUCAUCUCGCUCUACGGCGCCGUCACCAUGGCCGGCGCGUUCUACCUCUACGCGGCCAUCGCCGCCGCCUCCUUCGUGUUCAUCUACGCCUGCCUGCCGGAGACGAGGGGCCGGAACCUCGAGGACAUGGAGGAGCUCUUCCACACCAAGUGACAAACUCCAUCCAUGAAAUCCAUCUACCAUAUUUCACCGGAGGCAUGCAUAUGGGUUGCAACAUUUUGAAUGCAAAGUUUGAUUCUUUCUUGGUGAUAAUAUGAAAUAUCAAAAGAAUUUUGCUGUUCAUUGGGCUGAUUGAUUUGUAGUAUUAUGAAUGCAAAUUAUUUUUUGGGUAAUUUUUACGGUUGGAAUUGGCAUGAAAA